AACAGUUAAGUGUAUCAUCACAAAUUCAGUUAUGUUCAAAAAUAUAACGCCGGAGAAAGCAAUCGCGUUCACGCGAUAUAGCGUGGCAUUGACAUGCUGCUGGCCACUUUUCUCGCAUGCAACGAUGUUUCAACUGAUCCGCUUCAGGAUCUCGAGAUCUGCGGUGCUCCUCAACGCGUUCCUUCUCUUCCUGCCGUUAAUAUAUUCUUUAUACAUCAACUACGUGCAUAACGAUCACGUUGGUUUCUCCAAAUCCAUAUGCCUCUUCCUAGCCGUUUCGCAGGUCCUCUUGAACACGUUCGUCUGUAUCGUUCAACAGGAUCGCUUUUGGGAGCUGAUCGUUGAGAUGAAAAAGUGUUGCAAGGAAGCCAAGCCGUAUGAAAGACAGGUUUAUCAAACGUACGUUGAUAAAUACUCCACGUUCUAUGGGGUGUCUGCGAUAUGGUUCUACCUCACAGCGUCCAUCAUAGCGAUUGGAACGUUGUUCAUUCCCCAGCCUUUGCCAACAAACGCUGAAUACCCGUUUCCCGUUGAUUAUCAACCCCUCAAAGGCAUCCUAUUCCUCCAUCAGUCGUUCCUUGGCUUUCAAUGCUCCGCGCACGUGUGCAUCAACAUGUUUUGCGCUUUGCUGAUGUUGUUCGCGGCGGCUCGUUUCGAGAUCUUGAAGGUGGAACUGCGAGAAGUGAAGAAUUUCAACGAAUUGGUUGAUUGCGUUAAAAAGUAUUACAUUGCGAGAAGAUACGCGAAGAAAGUGUCGAGUGCUUCUCGGUUUAUAGCUUUGAAUACGGUGAUGAUGUGCGGCACGGUGCUUGUGUUCUGCGGUGUUAAUUUCAUUGAACGACAGUCAUCUACUGUGAUAAUUCAAUUUAUGUCUUUGGCUGGGACUGGGCUGAUCGAAGUUUUCAUGGUCGCCUGGCCAGCUGAUCACCUGUUGGAUUUGAGCGAAAAUUCUAUGCGAGGUAUAUACGAAUCACGAUGGUAUCUACAAUCAACGAGUAUGCAGAAACAUAUGCUGAUCAUGUUGUUACCUCAGGCACCAGUGGGCAUUAAAAUCCUGUACAUUAUCCCAACUUUGUCACUGAAUUACUACUGCUCGUUCGUCUCAAACGUGAUAUCUCUGUUCACUGUUUUAAGAGCAACGAUACAAAAAGAUGAUACAUAA